CAUUUUUACUGAUUUCUACGCCUUGCGUUCUUCACAUGUUCGCCACCCACAAUACUCUUCGGUUAGUAACUGGUGCUAAGAUGGCUGACAAGAAGGAGGUGGUUUUGGGGCUCCCGGAAAAUACAGGGCGCGGAGCGUCCCUUCGCGUGGGCGGCCGCCGCGCGGCCCGCAGCGGCGCGGUGGGCGGGCUGGCAGGGCUGGGCUGGGCGGCGCGGCGCGGCGCGGCGCAGCGCAGGGGCGCGCGGGGGAGUGUCGCAGUCCCGGGCGCCGCCGGGAGGGCGGCGGAGGCGUUUCGAUUCAACAACGUCCGCAGCCUGUGCCGUAGUCUGUCUCGGAAGUUCGUGGUUGGUGUACGGGGCGCGCUGAUGUCUGUGGUGUGGUUGCGGGGCAAGUGGUGUGAAUGUCGCAAUAAAAAUGGCGAAUUCACUUACACUGAUUAA